AUGUUAAUAAUUAGCUUAAAUUAAUAAAAGAAGAGCUUUUACAAUAUGAUGGUAAAGUUGGAAUAUUUAGUUAUUUUUUGGAAAAGCUUUUAAUUUAAUUAAGCAGACUGUGAUAAUAAUUUAUAAGAAAACUGUAAAAAGUUUUAUAAGGAAUAUUUAGAUUUCUAUUAAAAAUUUUGUGAUUAUAAUUUUUUUGAACUUUACAAUGGUUAUCCAGGAUACGAUUUCGAAAAAAUAUUCAAAAAUGUGCAACGUAUUUAACUUGAUAAUGUUACGGAAUGUACAUUAGAAGAACUCAUUAAUUAUGAAAAAACCAGAUCUGCAUAUAACACUUUUUUAAAGCAAAAGAAAAACUAAGAUUAAGAUCCUUUACUUAAUCUUAAAUAAUUAAUUUAAAGCUAAAUUAAAUAAUAAUAGGUGUAGUUAAAAGUUAAUUUCAGAUAUUUUUUAAUAAUUCUUUCUAAUUGA